GCGGCGGAGCGCGCACGCGCGCGGCUCGCGCAGGCCCGGCCUCCCUCCGGCCCCUUCUCUCUGCCCUGCCACGUACGGGCGGUGGCGGCGGCCGUGCCCGGGACUCGCCAGGGGCUGGACGGGGGGGCUGCACCGGUGCGACGGCGGAGAAGCCAGACUUACUGUUCUCUGCCACUGAUAGUGCAUGGCGGCUAAUCUUAACUCUGUCCUGAAGUGAGGUGGGAAAACUGUCCAAUAAUCCGACAUCACUAAGACAGACAAGGGCACUGUGUUAUAACAUCAUUAAAGGUCUGCAGGCGAUAAGGAAUCCACCAUGAAUGGGCAGCUGGACUUAAGUGGGAAGCUGAUCAUCAAAGCUCAGCUUGGGGAGGAUAUUAGGAGAAUCCCUAUUCAUAAUGAAGAUAUCACCUAUGAUGAAUUGGUGCUAAUGAUGCAAAGAGUUUUUAGAGGAAAACUUCUGAGCAAUGAUGAAGUCACAAUAAAAUAUAAAGAUGAAGAUGGAGAUCUUAUAACAAUUUUUGAUAGCUCAGAUCUCUCCUUUGCAAUUCAAUGCAGUAGGAUACUUAAGCUGACAUUGUUUGUGAAUGGACAACCAAGACCCCUAGAAUCUAAUCAGGUGAAGUACCUGCGCCGAGAGCUGAUAGAACUUCGCAAUAAAGUCAAUCGUUUACUGGACUGUUUAGAACCGCCAGCGGAACCAGGGCUUUCCACUAAUCUGCCUGAGAGUGAUGCUGUAGAUGGUAGGGACGAAAAGCCUGCUGCUGCUGACGCUAAUGUUAAGCCAUCCACUCAAGUUAUAGCAGCGAGCAUGUCUGCAUUCGAUCCGCUAAAGAACCAGGAUGAAAUCAGCAAGAAUGUCAUGUCAGCCUUUGGCUUGACAGAUGAUCAGGUGUCAGGACCACCCAGUGCCCCUGCAGAGGAGCGAUCAGGAACACCAGACAGCAUCGCUUCCUCCUCUUCUGCAGCCCAUCCCCCUGGGGUUCAGGCACAGCAGCCACCCUACCCCAGCACGCAGCCACAGACUGGGCAGGUGGAAGGUCAGAUGUAUCAGCAGUAUCAGCAGCCUGGUUACCCUGCUCAGCAGCCGCAGGCUCAGCCCCAGCAGCAGUACGGCGUGCAGUACCCAGCAGGCUACAGCCAGCAGCAGCCCCCGUCGCAGCAAGCCCAGCAGUUCCCGGCCUACAGCCAGGCGGCUGCCCCGGCCCCGGCCGCCGCCUUCCCGGGGCAGGCGCAGCAGCUGCCGGCGCAGCAGCCGCCGCAGUACCCGGCGGGCAGCUUUCCCCCGCAGCCCUACACCACGCAGGCCUCCCAGCCCGCCGCCUACAGCGGCUCCCAGGCGGCGCCGGGCACCUUCCAGCCGCGGCCCGGCUUCACCCCCCCGCCCGGCAGCACCAUGACCCCCCCGCCCAGCGGGCCCAACCCCUACGCCCGCAGCCGUCCCCCCUUCGGGCCGCAGGGCUACACCCAGCCCGGGCCCGGCUACCGCUAGGGACGUGCCCCUGAAGACUGACACCUGCGAUUCCAUCCCGACAGACUCCAGGAUUUUUAAUUGAGAUUCCAAAACUGUAAUGAGGCAAAACUAUAGCUGUUAAUUAAAUUCUGCUGGGGGAGGGAAAUGACCAAAUCUUUCCUGCUUUAAAUUGUAUUCGCUUCCUAGUUUAAUUUGGGGCUGGGUGGUUUUUGGAAAACACUACUUCAAUGUCUGUAAAGUGAUUGACAUUCUAGCUUGCCUUGUCUGAAGGAUAUGAAGAUACUAGUUGGAAGUUUAGCCCACUUAUCAGGCUUGUUUUUACUAAUACCAUGAUGUACUAAAUUAGAUUCAUUCUGGAAGUCAAACUAGAUAUGAUGUAUUAUAAAUUGUAAUGUUCACAUGGAAAAACUAAUAAAAACCCUGAAUCUA